CAUGAAAAUGGUGAUCAUAUUUUACUUGCUGCUCGUGCUCAAUAUUGGACGACCUGAACCUGAUGUCACUGCCAUCACUCAAGAUCCAUCUGAUCCAGUCCGUCCAGGAGACUCAGUGACUCUGCAGUGUUCAGUCCUCUGUAACUCUGAGAAAAAGUCAUGUCCAGGAGAUCACAGUGUGUUCUGGUUCAGAGCUGCAUCAGAUGAAUUUCAUCCUAGUGCCAUUUACGCACAUGGAAACAGUGCUGAGUGUGAUAAGAGUCCUGAAGCUCACUCUCCACAGAAAUGUGUCUAUAGCUUCUCUAAGGACGUCAGCUCCUCUGAUGCCGGGACUUAUUACUGUGCUGUGGCCACAUGUGGAGAGAUAUUAUUUGGAAAUGGAACAAAAGUGGACAUUGAAGAGCUCAACAUGUGGGAUCUGCAGAAGGCCAACACACUGCUGUUUCUGUUAAUUGCUGCUUUGGCUUUAAGUCUGACUGUUAUUGCCUUCCUGAUUUAUACCAUCAAGAAGAAAACUUGUUAUCAUUGCAAUGCUGCCGUCACUCUGCAAACAAAUGCUGCAAGUCAGCAGAGAGACGAGGACUCGUUGGCUUAUUCUGCACCGACCUUCACCAAGAGGAAACCUGGCCGAGCAGACAGAAGGAAUGUAAGAGCAACAGAGGGAGAGACGACCUACGCUGAUGUCAGGACCUUAGUGAGAAAUUAAUAUCUUUUGGAUUUGCUGAUUAAAAAUUAACAUCAUUUUUGUUUGUCACACUGUUGUAAACAUUUACUUCACUUCAAUUUCACAGCUGAUAAUAGUAACAAUUUUGUAAUUGGAUAACCUUCAAAUAUGUUUAACGUGUCGUUCUGACAUCAUGUUCUGUCUGUUUGCAACCAUUGUGUGACUUUUUAUGCUCUUAUUAUAUUAAGGCUUUAUAGAUUAUCAUGAUGCAAAAUACAAUUAUGUUAGUUGCUUUGAGUGAUAUUCUUUUUGCAUUUUUAAAAUUAAAGUAUGAAGAGGAUUAGUGCUACCACUCAGACAUGCAGUUUGAAAGAUUUACCUUGAAGGAGGAGGGAGUUUGAAUUUGCAGAAUUCAUUGAGUAUGAAAAAAUUAGGUUUUUUUCUGUCUUUUUUUUGUUGGCUUUUUGCCUCUAUUAGAUAGGAUAGUCUAUGUGUGAAAUGGAGAGAGAGGUGGGUCGACAUGCAACAAAGGCCCGCAGGCUGGAAUCUAACCCACGGCUGCUGCGGCGAGGACAGUGCCUUUGUAUAUGGGAUGCCUGUUCUACCCACUAAGCAGCCGGGCACCCUAUGUUUUCUUUUUCGGCAUUUGCAGCAUAGUGGAAAUAUAUAGAAUACUUUUAAAGCAAUAACUGAUGAGGCUAAAAUGGCAGUCAUUUGAUAUUGCUUGAUUUAUCUUCUUCAUGUUGAUCUUUUACCACAUCUUACUGUAAAUCCAAUGAUUUUCACAAUUUGCAUUGAACUGCUAUGACGAAUUAACAACGUUUAUACGGUUAUAUUUGCCUCUAAAAAUUAAAAAAAAACAAACAUUGACUAUGUUGAGCUCUAGUUUCCUGGCGCGGCGCAGGGUGGCGCAGGGUGGCGCAGGGUGGCGAAUCCUGCACAGAGCUAGUUUCGAGCAACCCGAGGCGCACUCAGUUUGAUAGUUUGGCAGACCGAGGUGUGCUGAGAUGGGUGUGGCGGCGCAGCAGGGGGAGGUGUCGACAGAUCCAGCUUGGCACAGUGACAGUUUUGUGCCAAAAGGCUUCGCCAAAGGUGCGCUAAAAGCUCACCAGCUGAAACCAGGUCUACUGUCAGCGCAGGGGGAGCGCAGCCGGUGUAAGCUGACUUUUGGCUGACCGGCGGACAGUGCACACACGUCACCAAAACCUCACAGGCAGGUUUCCAGAAUAUCAGGCACAUUAAUAAUGCAACAAAUAGCCACAAAAACACUAGUCAAUGCAACUAUCUGCAAUCAGCACAUAAAUGUAUCUCUAUAUCGACUGUCCCGUCACAUCUGAUGUCAGAUCAAAGGGGAUUGGCACCGUUUAGCACGUUUGGCACACGUAAUGGAAACCCAACCUGAUCUGAUUAACACAGCUGCAAACUAAUGAGUUCACAUCCCUCUCAGCCAACCACAAACAGCCACAGCAUCAGAUAGGGAGUAUAUAUUCAGCAUCUGUCAUCUAAGAAAAGUCAAAAGAAAAGAAACAGAGUGAGACUGCGAGAGAGAAAGAGAGAGAGAGCGCGCGCACGAGAGAAACGCAACAUUGAUUGACAAUUGUGGUGACCUCCUCCCAGGCUACCUUUGCAUCAUCAGCCCGUGGAGGUCUGCUCGCAGUUCCGUAUAUUCAGACACUGCGAGCUUGGACCUCCCGGACCAAAACAUCAGUUUGCUCCUGAUAGAAGUUUGGCCGUCUGAUGCUGCUGCUCUCUUCUGCCAUGGCGAAUUGAGUAAACUCUCGUUACGCCUUCGCGCGACGCAUUUAAUGGCGAGGAGAGGGGCUCAUUUGAUUGGUGUGAUGUGUGUAAAACCCACUCCACGCCUUCUCUCCUCCCUCUUUCCGACUUACGCAGGUAGGAGGGAUGGAGGUGGGAAAGAGGAGUAGUUGCGCCAGUGCGCACGGUGUGCCAAAUUUACAAAAUCCACCUCGCCACACCCAGUUGGCAAAGCGCAGGUGUGCUGCGCCUCCGCCUCGCCCGGUCUGUGAAACUAGAGCCCUUUGAGUUUAUUUUGAUUUAAAAAAAAUCUAAAGGGUUUAAAUAAUGCCAAUAAAAUGAAAUUUAAAAAAGACAUAAAAAUCUAAU